CUGAUUUCAGCGAUGGCGGCUGCUGAUCUGAGAGACGAGCUGAGCUGCUCCAUCUGUACCAGCAUUUAUACUGAUCCGGUAUCCCUGCCCUGUGGCCAUAACUUCUGCCGGGGCUGCAUUGGGGGGGUGCUGGGUACCCAGGAGGGGUCUGGGGCUUAUUCCUGCCCUGAAUGCAGAGCUGAGUAUCAGGAGUGCCCUGCCCUGCCCAGGAACAGAGCUCUGGGGAACAUAGCAGAGAGGUUCCGUCCGACUGAGACAGAGCCGGGGGAGACUGGGAUCUUCUGCACUUACUGUCUCCUCUCUCCUGUACCUGCUGCUAAAUCCUGUCUCCUGUGUGAGGCUUCUCUGUGUGAUACCCACCUGAGGGGGCACUGCCAGUCAGCAGAACAUGUACUCACUGAGCCCACCGCUUCCUUUAUGGGGAGAAAAUGUUCUGUACACAAUGAGCUCCUAAAGUAUUUCUGCUGUGAGGACUCUGCCUGUAUCUGUGUGUCCUGCUGCCUGGCCGGGGAGCACCGGGGCCACAGGGUGGAGCUGCUGAGUGAGGCCUCUGAGAAGAAGAAAGAGAAACUGAGGAAAGUUCUGGAGAAACUGAGCCCAGAGAGAGAGGAGACUGAGAGAGGAGCCCAGAGGCUGCAGGAGCGCAGGAGAGAAGUGGCAGAAGUGGCAGCCGGUGAGACAGAGAGAGUCACUGCCCUGUUUAGGGGCAUCAGGGAAGAGCUGGAAGCCCUAGAGAAGCGACUCCUGAGUGACAUCUCCAGGCAGAAAGAGGAGCUCUCACUCACACUCACUGAGCUGAUCCAACAGCUGGAAAUAAAGAAGGACGAGCUGUCCAGGAAGAUCCAUCACAUUGAGGAGCUGUGCAACAUGGCAGAUCCACUCACUGUCCUACAGGAACAAUGGGAAUCCCAUGGGGCUGCAUUUUGUGGGGCUGAGGGGGCAGAUACUGAGGGCAGAGAGAGAGAGGAUACUGAGGGGGGAGACAGGAAGCGCAGAAAAAUAAAUCACAUAAAGGUCCCGGCUGUAGGGGAUCUGGAUGUGGGUCGGAUCUCAGAGACAUUACUCACAGGCUUAGCUGGGAUUGUGACUGGGGUAGAGGGAAGGAUCUAUGGGCAGGGGGAUACAGAGCUGGUACUGGAUAGAAACACGGCUGGGAAUCAUGUAUCUGUAUCAGGGGACGGGAAAUCUGCUUCCUACUCACAUACAGACCAGCGUCGCCCACAAACCCCAGAGAGAUUUCAGUAUUAUCCUCAGACUUUAAGCACCAGGAGUUUCCCCUCAGGGCGACAUUACUGGGAAGUGGAGGUCAGUGAAUCAGGGGGCUGGGGGGUAGGGGCGGCCUAUCCCAGUAUAGAGAGGGGAGGGGGUCAGUCUCUCAUUGGGAAUAAUAACAAGUCCUGGUGUUUGUACAAAUGGAAUAAUAACUAUACAGUGACACAUGACAGGAAAGUCACACGGUUACCCCACGUCCCUUCCUGCAGGAGAAUCAGGAUCUCAUUGGACUAUGAGGCCGGACGCCUGUCCUUUUAUGAGCUGAGUGAGCCAAUCAGGCACUUACACACCUUCACUGCCUCCUUCACUGAGCCCCUUCAUGCUGCAUUCUGUGUAGUGGGGGGAGGUGCCUGUGUGAGAAUCAUUAGUUAGGGCCCCGCCCACUGCCCAGCAGGAACCCCAUUCCCAGAGCUGCCCUUAGCCCUGUGAUGCCAGGAAAGGAAGGACAUUGGCCAUUGUAUUUAUGGAACGGAAAUUCCAUCCAGCUAAAUUUUUGGAAAAUACAUAAAUCGACAUACCCGACACUGCCUGCAUAUCCCACUCAGCACUAUUCCUGAGACACUUACAGUAUAUGGAGCACAUGUGGGUCACAGUUUGACCUAAUGAAAUAGGAAACACUAUGGACACUUAUUUUUAGGACUGAUUCUGGGGUUGGUAUAUGGACAUUCCCAAUUGACUUUGUGUUGUAUAUAUCACCAUGUGGAUACUUGUCUCAUCAUGAGAAUAUAUGUGGUUAUUACAUCACGUAGGAAGGGGUGUGUCUUAUGGCCCCUCCCCUCAUUUAUCCUUUUUAUACCACUCUCUGUGUAACACUAGGCUUGAUAAAGGGCCCAGGUAGGGCCGAAACGUUGCCCUUUAUACCUGUGUAUGGGCUAAAUAAACAUCCCUUUGUCACUUUGCUACUUGUUGGUUUGCUACUGAAUUUUCUACUAUAUUACUGACCGCUCUGCAGGAGAGGGAUCUACUGGAUCAACACCCAACACUUCCACAGGCGCAUUACACUGAGAGGGUUACGCUCUCCCCCAUAUGAUAAUAAUCCUCAGACACAUAAUAUUUUAUACAAAAAUACAGAAUAUUUAUUGCUGUGUCCAAUGAACAAGGCGCAACCAAAAAACCAAUUUACAUUCUACAUUAAACACAAUUAAUCUGUUUGCAAUACAAUUACUGUUUGUUCUCUUGUGUAGACUUUGUCAUUUAACCAACAUUUUCUAUAUUAAAUGCCUGUAAGAUUGCUAAUAAACACAAUACAGGUUUUGCCCCACACGCUCCCUACAACAAUAACUGUAGAUAAAUACAGAACCAAUGUGCCCCGUCCCCCUGCAAUCACAAUGCCGCUGGGAUUCUUGGGAAAAUGCUGCGCUGGGGGGGAAAUGGCAAUAGCACUCGGAAUUGCACUUUGCUCAUUGCAUUCGCUGAUGUAAAUGAGCCCCAAUGUCUCUUUCCUGCUGCAAAAUUAAACUGCUCUUUGGCAUCUGUUUUAUUGUUCAUAUGGGGGGGGGCAUUUAUUUACAUGUUAUAUACCUUUAUAUUCAACUAUAAUAAAUAAUAAAAGAAUGAUUUUUUGUUCUA